CAUUAAUCGUCCGCUCGCGUAAGCACGCGCCGAGUCGUGUGUGUGUGCGUGCGUAAUAUAUAAAUGAGAGUCUGACUGACAUAGCGCAUUGAAAUAUAAAUAAAUUUUGUUCGCAAUAUGGCGCUCCGACUUAUCGUCUCGGGGCUCUUGUCCGCGCUCUUUAUGCCGCUGCUAUCGGCCGGCGAGUCAAUAACCGUGCUGCAGCUGGACAGCGCCAAAGACGAUCUGUUCGCCGUCACCCCGCCGAGCUUCGCGGCGCCCGACCGGGCCGCCUACGUCAGGUGCGAGCUCGAGGUCGAUCCCUCCAACGGCCAGCAUCGAUGCCAGCUCAACUACAGGUCGGACGUGUUCGGCGACGACGGCCAGCCACCGGAGUAUUAUCACUCGUGCCCUCUGCAGAUCGGCGCCAAUCUCUGGGAGAACGUGGAGCGUCGCGAGGUGCUCGUGGAGCCGCUGAAGCCGCGCGAUCGCGUCGUCGUGGCCUGGCUCGAGGCCGGCGGCAGUCUCCUCCAGCUGCGCAACGUCCAGUUCCCGAGCUGCCAGAUGACCGAGGCCAGCUUCCCCCUGGACAAGGUGCGCGACGACAAGUUCGCCAAGAUCGUGCCGCUCGAGCGGGGCGGCGGCUACAACGUCGUCUUUAGCAGCAAGAGGCUCUGCGGCGCAGACAAGUACUGCAAGGCCCGACUCGACGACCAGGGCAUCGUCGUGGAGGCCCCCAGCGCCUGGAUCGAGGUGCCCGAGCAGGCCAAGAAGAUGAUGGUCGCGUCGGUCGGCGACAACGAGUACCUGGUGAUCCAGCUGCAGAGCAACGGAGUGGCUCACGUUCAGCUCACCAGGAAAGACGGAAAAGUAAAGAUGGCCCGCCACUACUCGGACGUCGAGGACACGAGCAAGAUCGCCUACUCGACGGGCCACGACUCGAUCCGCGUCUGCGUCGAUCGCCACUCGAACCUCGAGUGCAGCCAGUUCAAUCGCGAGGGCAAGCACAAGGGCCAGCAGGAGCUCAGCCUGCCCUAUCAUCUCGAGUCCAAGACGCGCAGCGUCGGCCGCAUGACCAUGCACAAUCUGCCCGACAACGGCUUCCUGCUGCUGAGCCUGGUCUGCCAGGAUCGCCACUGCCUCGGCCACAAGACCUAUCACCUGGCCCGGGUGGAUCGGCAGGGCUCGGUGCGCAGCCAGGCCCAGCGCCCGGGCUGCCAGCUGAUCGGCGAGCAGCUCGAGGACAAGUUCUACGAGAGCAAGAACGAGCAGGGCGAGGACGAGUACUGCCUCGUGCUCAGAUGCAUCGAGACGGAUCUGCGCUCGAUGCAGCGCUUCACCUUCGAACGGUCUUGCUACAGCGGCGACGACUUCAAGCUCGACUUUUAGAUUAUUUUCUUUUUUAAUAUCCUGAUAUU